UAUUUCUCUCACGCACCGAGUGCGCGACAGACGGAGGAGAACUUGAACUCAUUUGAGUAGAUGCGCCAAGGGACGACGUUCCGUGGCUGAAUCAAGUGAGAAUCUCGUUAAGACUCUAUUCAAACCAUGGCCGCUUCGGAUCCGACUUACGUUCAGAAACAGAUACAGCACAUGUUGGCCUUCAUCGAGCAAGAGGCUCAUGAAAAAGCCGAUGAGAUCGACUCCAAGGCCGAGGAAGAGUUCAACCUCUCGAAGGGAUCGCUGGUCACCGAAGCGAGGCAGAAGAUUAUGGAUGAGAUCGAGAAACGCCGGAGGCAGAUCGAGCUCGAGAGGAAAAUUCAAGGCUCGAAAAUGCUGAACAACUGUCGCCUGAAGGUUUUGAGGGAGAAGGAAGACCGAAUCGAUUUGCUUAUCGAAGAAACCCGCCACAAGCUGUCGUUCGUCACGGCAAGAGCUGACCAGUACCGUGAGAUUCUUGAAAAACUACUUUUGCAAGGACUUCUGCAGCUCAUCGAAGAGAAUGUUCUGGUCCGUUGCCGGAAAGCCGAUGUCCCUCUUCUUGAGAAAGCGAAGAUCACUGUCGCUCAGCAAUAUACCCAGCUAACGAACAAGAAGUGCGCCAUCGAUAUCGAUAAGAACAACUUCCUCAGCGACCGGAGCGGAGGUGGAAUGGAGCUCUAUGCUCGCAGGAACAGGAUCUUCAUCGAUAACACUCUGGAAAAGCGACUCGAACAGGUUUCGACUCAAAUGAUGCCACAGAUUCGGAAACAACUAUUCGGCGCGAAUGCGAACAGGAGGUUCAAAGACUGAAUCUACGAUGCCGUCGCUUGGUUGAAGUCAUCGGCACGUCAGUGCAGCAGACUUCGAAACGAGAGUCCCCAUCCCUUGACCGGACGUCCGCUCCGGUACGUCGUCGGCUGAUUGGUGCAUGGAAAGUUCCCCCGCCGAGUACGAUGCUCGAUCUGGAUGGGAGAAGAACACGUGAGACCUUUUUUGAGCUUGCAGACUUCUGUUCCACCCUCAGGCUGUUGCGAGGGUUGAGUUACUUGCCACUCGGUGGCCGACGAACUCG